AUGGCAUGCCCUGCAUGUACAGAUGAAACAGAUUCCAUUUGGUUGGUUUAUGGGCGCAAACAUUGUUAUAUGGGUCAUCGGCGGUGGUUGGCACUAAAUCACAGUUGGAGACGGAAAAAGAAUGCUUUUAAUGGGUCCGAGGAGCACCGACUACAACCAACAAGGGUUGCGGAAGAUGCUUUGCUAGAGCAAUUAAAUGUGGUCUCACAUGUGCAGUUUGGUAAAUCUUCAGUGAAGAGGAAACGAACACCCAAUCAACUAAAUUGGACAAAAAAAUCUAUAUUUUUUGAGCUUCCUUACUGGUUAGACUUGGGAUUGAGACAUAACCUGGACGUCAUGCAUAUUGAGAAAAACAUCUGUGAUAACGUGUUGGGAACAUUGUUGAAUAUUGAAGGAAAAACUAAGGACUCUGCUAAUGCGCGUAGGGAUUUGGCAAAUCUUGGACUAAGGAAAGAAUUGCAUUUACAACAUAAUGGUGAUCGUAUUUCUAUGAGUCUUGCAUGCUACAUGUUAAAUUUGCAUGAGCGAAGGAAGUUUUGUGCAUGGUUGUCAGAAGUGAAAUUCCCGGAUGGUUUUGCCUCAAACAUUGCCAGGUGUGUCAAUGUCAGUGACGGAAAAAUUAGUGGAAUGAAGAGCCAUGAUUGUCAUAUCUUUAUGCAAGCACUCCUGCCGGUUGUGAUUGGUGGGUUCUUACGGCCCGAUGUGCGUCAAGCCUUAAUAGAGUUAAGCGGGUUCUUCAAAGAAUUUUGUUCACGAACAUUAAACUUAUCAGUGUUGCAUCGGCUUCAAGCAAAUAUUCCCAUCAUUCUCUGUAAACUAGAAAUGAUAUUUCCUCCUGCAUUUUUUGAUAUCAUGGUGCACCUUGCAAUUCAUUUGCCAGAGGAAGCAUUGUUGGCAGGACCAGUGCAGUACAGAUGGAUGUACCCUUUUGAAAGGUAUCUAGGGAAGUUCAAACGGGAGCACUAUAAUAAGAUGGUAGAAGAGGACGAGAAUAACAUCCUUCGUAGGCACCAAAGUCAAUUCCCAGCAUGGUUCAGAUCACGCAUUCGAGAGUUGCGUGCAAUUAGACCAGGUGAGAUCACCGAUGACAUAUAUGCAUUAGCGUGUGGUCCAGAUCCACGGGUCGCAUCAUAUGCCGGAUGCAUAAUGAAUGGAGUUCGCUUUCAUACAAAAGAGCGUGAAAGGCGUCGCCGCACCCAAAACAGCGGGGUGGUGGUUCAUGGUGAGCAUCGGGGAUCCCCGGUUGACUUUUACGGUGUGUUGAAUGACAUCAUAGAAUUACAGUACAUGGGUUGGCGAAAGGUAUACUUGUUUAGUUGUGCUUGGUAUGACGUUGGCGACCCGAGAAGGGGGAUACGUGUCAGGGACCAUUUAACAUUAGUGAAUACUGCUAGGCAAUGGUAUAAAGAUGAGCCUUUCGCCUUAGCGUGCCAAGCACUACAAGUGUUUUAUCUCACGGAUCUGACAUUGGGGGGAAGUUGGCAAGUCGUACAUAAGAUUACAAAUAGGAAUGUUUACAACAUUCGCUCGAUGACUACUGUUGUGGAGGAUGAUGAUGACGAAUCUUCUACGGGUGAAGCAGAAGAUGAUGGUCAAACUAAUGUGAACAAUUAUCCCCCUAUCGUAGAGAGUGAAUCAAGCAUGCUUGAUCCAUUGCACCGAGACGAUGAAGAGCAUUUGCCCGUUGAUCCAUUAAUCAUAUCACGUCGAGACCCGUCCCAACCUGUUGAGGAUGAUGCAUUUAUUGAUGAUGACCCACUUGGCGAUGACGAUGGUAACUCCGGUGGUGAGUCUGAGCAUCAUCUGCAUGAGGAGUCGGAUGAUGAUGAUGAUGGUAUUUCACAACCCAUUCAAUAUGUUAAUUUCGUUUAA